ACAAGUCCCUUCUUUUCUGCUCUCUUCAGUCUGUGCUGAGAACACACGGGGAGGAACUUUGACCGCUGCGCCACUGCUAGUUAGCAGCCAGCUAUCAGUUUUGUGUAUUAUUUUCAUAUUUCUCUGCGUUGUUUCAUAUGCAGAAAAAUGUGGUUUAUCUAUUUACUCAGCUGGCUGUCGUUGGUGAUCCAGAUAUCCUUCGUCACUCUAGCAAUAGCUGCUGGCCUGUACUACUUGGCAGAACUAAUAGAAGAAUACACAGUAGCCACCAGUCGAAUAAUAAAGUACAUGAUAAUGUUCUCGACAGGUGUGUUGACAGGCCUCUACCUUUUUGAAGGCUUCCCAGUAUUGAUGGUGGGAGUCGGCCUCUUCACCAACCUGGUGUACUUUGGCCUUCUGCAGACUUUCCCCUACAUACUCCUAAGCUCCCCAAACUUCAUCCUCUCCUGUGUGUUGGUGGUGGUGAACCAUUAUAUGGCCUUCCAGUACUUUGCACAAGAGUAUUAUCCAUUCUCAGAGGUACUGGCAUACUUCACCAUCUGCCUGUGGGUGAUCCCCUUCGCCUUCUUUGUGUCACUGUCAGCGGGGGAAAAUGUACUUCCAUCCACCAUGCAACAAGGAGAUGAUGUGGUGUCUAAUUACUUCACCAAGGGCAAGAGGGGGAAGAGGUCUGGGAUCCUCCUUGUGUUCUCUUUCCUCAAGGAGGCAGUGCUGCCCAGCCGACAGAAAAUGUACUGAGGAGCUCAGUCCUGGGGUGCAGCCUCUUGCGUCGGGGUGCGCGAGUGAGUGUAUGUGUUGGAAAUUAGGGGGGAAGCAGGAAGGACUGUGGAAAUUUGUUUUUCGGAUGGGACUUAAACAGGGCAGCAGCCAAAGUGGAAGAAGAGCACAUGAAGAGGACGGACCAAUGAACAGAUCAGAGCUUCCUGCUGCACGAGCCCACAAAGUUUGCACAGGCCACGUUUGUCUGUCUUCGUCUGUCCUUGUCUGUCUGUCUGUCUGUCUGUCUGUGGUGACUGCCAGCAACAUCUACUAGAGAACUCACUGAGGGGAUCUUGUCCAUAGUGCAAUGCUUUUGAAUUCUGUUGGACUCCUCCAUUUUUUUUAAGCUUUGGUAUUAAAAUAUGUAUGUGCGGGGUCUGAAAUUAACAACCACAAAAUACCUGUAAAUUCUGACUUUGGCAGAUAAAUCCUUAUCGGUUUUCUUCUUGA